AUGCCUCGGAAGCAGUCGAAGUCGUCGGGCGACUCCGUCGCCGCCGCGCGCCCUUCCCGCCGCUGCUGCGCCGUCGCCUCGGAAUGCACGCCGAAGCUCUGCGUCGCGUGCAAGCUCGGCGGGCUCAAGGACGUCUUCGCCUGCCGCGAGACGUUGGGCCACGUGGCGCCGAACUGGGACGCGCCCGACGCCGGUGCCUUCUUCGCCGACGGCGCGGUGACGGCCGCCGAGGCCAAGGCGCUGGCGGACGCGUCCUCGGUCGUCCCGGACCGAUCGGCGCCGAAGAAGCGCAAGGCGCCGGCGGCCAAGGCCAAGGCCAAGGCCCCGACGGCCGCGAAAGCCUCGGCCGACGCGCCGGCGCCGCCCGCGCCGCGCGCGGCGCCGGCCGCGAAGCAGGCGAAACUGGCGAGAACCGUUUCCGCGUCGCCCGCGCCGAGCGCCGACUCGGGCAAGGCCUACGUCUCGCCGGACGCGCCCCGAGCCGACUUCGGCGUCGACGCGCCCCUCGUCUUCCCGGACCUCGAGGCCAUCGACGGCCGCGACGCGGGGGCCGCAUUACGGGCCAAGGAGCUCCGCCGCGGCGGCACGCCGUGCGUGCUCACCCACGUCGACCCGCGCACGAUGACGUCCUUCGCGCGUUUCUCCGCGUCCCCGGGCGCCGGCCGCUGGCUGCGCAAGGACGGCUCCCUCGACGACGCGGCCCUCGUGCGCGACAUCGGCGGCGAGAAGGCGCCGAUCCUGCGCUACGACGAGACCUACGCGGACGACAAGCCCAUCCGCGAAUCGAUGCGCGUCGCCGAGUUCGUCGAAAAGCACUGGCGCGCGGGCGACGGCUCCGCCUACCUCCACCAGUGGCAGUUCCCCCUCGGCGCGCCGUCGACGGCGCGUCUCCGCCGCGUCUCGGUCGACUCGCUGCUCCGCGACGGCGGCGGCGCGACGUUCGAGGCGCCGCGGCUCGUGGGCCUCGAGCCGGACCUGCUCGUGCACUGGCUCGAGCGCACGCGCGGCGCGAGCCCGCUCCAGUACCUCUUCAUGGGCUCCGGGGGCACGAAUUCCAAGCUCCACGUCGACCCGGGCGGCCUCGAUCUCGUCAUCGCGCCGCUCGUGGGCUGGAAGGAGGUCACGCUGGUCCACCGCGAGGACGCGGAGCUCGUCGGCGCCAUGUGCGACGACGACGCCCUGGGCGACGCCGGCGAGGGCUCGAGCGACGACGAGUCGGCCGCGGCGCCCGCGGACGACGACCCCUACGACGCGCGGACGAACGACCCCUCGGAGGACCACAUCGUCGCGUCGGCGGCGCCGCCCCGGGGCGCGCGGCCGCGCCUCGACGAGCUCCUGGCCCUGCCGACGCCGCCGUCGCUCGCCGCGGAGCCCGUGCUGUCGCUCGUGCGGUGCUGGCGCCACGUGCUCAAGCCCGGCGAGUGCCUCGUCAUGCCCCAGGGCACGCUCCACGCCGUGCGCAACCUCACGCCGGCCCUAAGCUACCACCGCUUCCACCUCGACACGGCGAACCUCAGCGGCUUCUGGCGCGCGCUCGUCGACGGCGACUGCUCGGGCAUCCGGCCCGCGGAGAUCCUCUGGAACGGCACGCACGGCUCCAUGAAGGCCCUCGACGCCGUGAGCGACGCGUUGGCGCGGGGCGAGGCCGCGGCGCCGGGCGUCGAGCGGGAGCGGUCCGAGGCGCUCCUGAAGCUGCGGCAUUUGGUGGCGGCGAUCAUCCUCGAGUUCGACGACGACGUCGAGAAGCUGAACCGGCGCGCGGGGCGGUCCUACGACGGCUUCGACUGGCCCGCGCUCCUCGCCGACGUCGACGACGCGCUGGCCCACUGGCGCGCGGAGUCGCGCGGCUUCGCGCGGCCCGCGAGCCCCAGGGCCGUCGCGUCCGCGUCGCGCGCGUGCCUGCCCGACGCCUUCGACGAGAAGCGCGCGCGGGGCGGCGCCAAGGGCGACCGCCCGAAGCCGCGGGUCUACGGCUGCGACUACGAGCCGGCGCCGGGCGACGUCGUGGUGGUGACGUUCCACGCGAAGCAGGUCCGCGCGCGCGUCGUCGCGGCGGAGCCCAAGCCCAAGAAGGGCGGCAAGCCCAAGUUCGCGCGCGUCCACUACGACACCUACGCGAAGAAGUACGACGAGCUCGUCCGCGUCGCGGACCUCGCGCCGCCGGACGGCGCGUCGCGCGUCGCGCUCGCCGUCGGCGCGCGCGUCAAGGUGCCCUGGGGCACGGGCCGCGAGCUCUACGAGGCGGAGAUCGCCGGCGUCCACGGCGGCGGCGCCUACAAGCUCCACUACCUCACCAUCGGCGGCGACUGGGACCAGUGGGCCACGGCAUCGCCCGUCGCGGCGACGGGGAAGGUCAGGCAGGCCACGGUGACCUGCUGGGCGACGCGGCUCUUGACGAUGUUCGAGUCCGGCAGCGUCGCGUCGUCGCCGAUGGCCAUGGGCCACGUCAUCGUCUUCGAGCCGGCGCCGCUCCGCGGCACGAUCGCCAACUUCGACGCCCUCGAGAGCGGCCUCAAGGUCAAGACCUGCAGUCCGACCUUUAGCCUCGGCGGCCACAGCUGGCAGCUCGAGCUCUACCCCGGCGGCUACCGGCCCGACGCCCUGGAGCACGUCGCGGCGUUCCUGCGGUACAAGGGCGGCCGCGCCGCCGUGCGCGUCCAGUUCAGCCUGAGCGUCGUGUCGCGGCACGGGAGCCACGUCGCGUGGCGGAGCGACGAGACGCAGCCCGUGUUGAUGGGCGCGGCGCCGGACCGCGCGCUCAAGGUCUACACGACCUACGGCACGGCGAAGCUCUGCCCCCGGGCCUGGAUGCACGACGAGGCCCACGGGCUCUGCGGCCCCGGCGGCGAGGCGCGGCUCUGCGUCCGCGUCCACGAGGUCGCGGACGGCGAAAAGGUCAAGAAGAAGCGGGGCCUGCUGCGGCGCCUGAGCUCGCGGAAGUUCAACGCGUCGUCGAAGGUCACGCACUCCUUCUCGCUGACGGGCAUGCGGCGCAACCUCAAGUUCGCGCUGGGCGUCAUGCCCAUCACGAUCAAAUAUCUCCGGGUGAAGAUGCGCGCGUCGAAGAUGCGGAAGAAGCUCAAAAAAAAGGAGCCCGAGUCCUACUACGAGCAGCGCACGAAGCUCUGGGACGAGACCCACGAGACGUCCGCCGUCCAGGUGCGCCGGCUCUUCGAGUCCAUGGGCGGCCUCUACAACAAGAUGGCGCAGGACUGGGCGACGCGCGACGGCCUGCUGCCGCCGACGUGGAUCAAGGAGCUCAAGCGGUCCUUCGAGAACUUCGCGCCGCGGCCCUGGAAGCAGAUCGAGGGCGCCAUGCUGCGCGGCCUCGCGGAGAACGCGGCCGUCGCGCCGUCGCGGCGGGGCCUCGCCGCGUACUUUGCCGACGUCGAGCAAACGUGCCUCGCGGCCGCGUCCAUCGGCCAGGUCCACGCGGCGACCUUGUACGACGGCCGCCGCGCCAUCGUCAAGGUCAUCUACCCGGACAUCCGCGCGAACAUGCGCGCGGACCUCGCGAACGCGCGCGUCGCGUCGAAGCAGAUCGUCGCGCUUAUGGACAUGCCGCUCAAGGACACGAUCGACGUCAUCAUGAACGAGUUCUGCGAGAACUUCCCCAAGGAGCUCGACUUCGAGAACGAGGCAAAGUACCUGAACAAGGCGCGGGAGAUCAUCGCGCGGCGGAAACUGCCCAUCUACGCGCCGGAGCCCUACAUGGAGCUCUGCAGCAAGGAGAUCCUGACGCAGGAGUUCCUCCGGGGCAAGACCAUCGCGUCCCUCGUCGACUCGCACCGCGGCGACGAGCGCGUGCUCGCCAAGGCCUUCGACGCCAUCGAGGACGUCGCCGAGGCCAUCGGCGCGAUGAUGUUCGGCGACCAGUUCUUCCACGCGGACCCGCGCGUCCCGCGGCGCCCGCACCCGGGCAACGUCAUGCUCCUCGACGACGGCACGGCGGGGCUCAUCGACUUCGGCCAGUGCGUCGAGGUGAGCGACGAGUCGCUCCGCAUGCUCUGCCACAUCGUCAUGCUCCUGCGGACGCGGAACAAGUUCAUCAUCUCCCAGGCCGUGGCCAUGAACGACGACUUUAGCUUCAACACGGAGGACCUGGACCUGCAGCUCGCGCUGUUGCACUACUUCUUCGACACGUCGAUGAGCGGCGAGGGCCUCGUGCCCCAGGGGGCGCUCGACACGCUCGAGGACAUGAUGCAGCACAACCCCAAGGCCAUGCCCGUGAUGACGAACGUGCCCAAGGAAAUGAUCUUCUACGGCCGCGUCUGCGCGACGCUGCGCAAGUCCUACGAGUUCCUGGGCCGGGACGUCUCCGCGAUCCGCCACUGGUACCCGCACGCGCGCCGCGCGCUCGCGAAGCUCAACGACCGCAAGGUCGACCCCGUGUCGACGCUGCUUUUGGUGCUCCCGGAGAACCCGGACGGCUUCCUCGUCGCCGUCGACAAGGCCAAGGCCUGGUCCGAGGCCGCCGUCAAGCUCGCGGAGCACGCGGGCCGCGUCUUCGACGGCGAGUCCCGGGGCCUCGCGUUCUACGCGACCUACGCGUUGCACGUCUGCGUCGCGACGGUCGGCGCGUGCCUCAAGGCCGCGGUCCUCAUCGGCGGCGCGCUCGUGCACAACGCGCUGGAGCUGUCGAGCGCCCACGUCGAGCGGCUCCGCGCGGACCGCGACGGCGGGGGCGGCGCGGCGUCGCCGCCGGCGUCGACGGCGUCGUCGCGCUCCGGGUCGUUCUCGCCGCGCGCGCGCGACCAGGAGGGCUCCUUCUCGCCGCCGGCGACGCCCGUCGUCGCCAAGGCCGGCGUCUUCGCGGCGCCGGCCGUCGCGGAGAAAGCCGCGGCCGUCGCGGCGCCGCCCGUCGCGGAGAAAGCCGCGGCCCUCGCGGCGCCGGCGUCGGAAGCCGGCGCCGCGGACGCGGACGCCGCGGACCUGGACGACGCCGCGGACCUGGACGAGCUCGCGGCGGACGAGGCCGCGGCGGCCAAGGCGGCGCUCUGCGGCGACCGCGAGCGCAUCGCGUACCACAGCGCGCCGCUGCCGAACGCGCGGCUCACGCCCGCGAGGGUCGCGCUGCCGCCGCUGUCGCCCGAGGAGGCCGCGGCCGUCGAGGACGCCUUGGCCCUCGAGGAGACGGCGGCGGAGGCCGCCGGGGUCGAGGUCGCCGACGACCGGGCCCUCGCCGCGGCGACGGACCUCCACGGCGCCGACGACGACGACAAGCCCCUCGCGCCCGCGCACGUCCAGCCCAAGGGCUUCGUCUUCCCGCCGGCCGCGCCCUACGACGCCGACCUCGACGCGGCGGACCUCGACGCGGACGCGGACCUCGACGACGACGCGGACCUCGACGACGACGCGGACCUCGACGGCGGCUCCGAGAAGAACGCCGCCGGCGCCGCGCUGCUCUUGUUGUUGGUACAGUACACCGCCGCGCUGACGUUCAAGACGCUCAACGCGGACCAGAUGCGCGACUCGUACCGCGAGCUCGCGCCGCUCGUCAAGGGCUUCGCGCAGCGCGGCGCGCGGUCCGCGAACACCUACGUCAUCGAGGCCGCGCUCGACGAGCCGACGGCGCGCAAGGAGACGGCGAGCCUCAUCCGCCGCGUCGGCGACGGCACGCUCUGCGUCGCCUGCGACCGCGCCGAUAUCCUCGGCAUGGCCGUGCUGCGGCCGGGCGAGCCGCAGACGCUCGACGUCAUCGCCGUGGCCACCAAGGCCCGCGACCGCGGCGUCGGCAAGAAGCUCCUCGCCCAGGUCACGAAGCUCGCGGCGCGCGCCGGCGGCGGCGACCUCCAGCUCGAGGUGGAGAAGUUCAACGAGAGCGGCCUCCGCUUCUUCGAGCGCAACGGCUUCGUCCAGACGGGCCGGCGCAAGGACCUCCGCGUGCUGACGAAGGCGCUCGCGAAGCCCCUCGGGCCCAGGGCCGUGGCCAUGUUCGCGCUGUUGCCUGCCAUUGUGGCUGCAGGGGUCGGCGGCUGGGCGCUUCAGCCAUCGAUGCUCUCCGAGGCCGUCGCGUUCGUCGUCGUCGUCUGCCUUCCCCUCGCGUUUUUGCUGCUCUCGGGCGCGCGCCCGCCCGCGGUGCCCGCCGCGGACUGGUGA